GCACGGCCAGUUUUAAUUCGCUCUGUGAAUUUCCGACGUUUCCAGGCAGAUAUAUUUUUUUUUAAAUUUCUAUUUAAAGUUGUGUGCAUUCGGAAUUAGUUGAUUCUCCUCCUAGUUGCGAGCCGCACACACACAGCUGCAACAAAAGUAUAAUAAAAUAAAAAACAGAGAGAGAAAAAAACAACAAAACAAAAGAGAAACGUCUUCAACUUUAGUUGUGCACAACAAUUCACUUCGUUCGUUCCGCCUCCUAAACGCCGCUUAGCCAUGGGAAAUGUGUUUGCAAAUUUGUUUAAAGGCCUCUUUGGUAAAAAGGAAAUGAGAAUAUUGAUGGUCGGUUUGGAUGCCGCUGGUAAAACCACAAUUCUGUACAAACUCAAAUUAGGCGAAAUUGUUACAACGAUACCUACCAUUGGUUUCAAUGUGGAGACUGUAGAAUACAAGAAUAUUAGCUUUACAGUGUGGGAUGUGGGCGGUCAAGACAAAAUUCGUCCUUUGUGGAGGCACUAUUUCCAAAACACGCAAGGUCUUAUCUUCGUUGUCGAUAGCAAUGAUAGAGAACGUAUCGGCGAGGCGAGAGAGGAAUUAAUGCGCAUGCUGGCUGAGGAUGAGCUUAGAGAUGCUGUCUUACUAAUCUUUGCCAACAAACAGGAUCUGCCAAAUGCGAUGAAUGCGGCUGAAAUUACCGACAAGUUGGGCUUGCACUCACUAAGAAACCGCAAUUGGUACAUUCAGGCGACGUGUGCAACAAGCGGCGAUGGUCUCUAUGAGGGUCUGGACUGGUUGUCCAAUCAGCUAAAGAAUGCUAAUCGCUAAAUCCAAGCAACUAAGCAACCAACCAACAAAACAAAAAAAAAAAAAAUAAAAUCAACAACACACACACACACACACAUAUAACAUACAAUCACCCCCCCGCCCAAAAGAAAACAGCAUAAUUCAAAUCACUAAAACUUUGAUUUUAAUCAAAGUCAAAAAGCAAGCAGCGCAUACACCGGGCGUGUCUACCAAUAGAAAGAGACAACAACAACUACAACGGGAACCCUAGAAGCAGUAACUAGAAAGGGAUAGACAGACAGACAGCGGGAGAGCGAGAAAUAAAGAAUUGUGAGUGGGUGAGAGAGAGAGUGAAUAAGAGGAAGAGAAAAGAGAGUGUGAUGAGAAGAGAAAACCGGCAA